AUGUCGCCAAACCUCGCCGCGCGAAGUACUUCCGUGGUGCUCCUCUCGCGGUCGCAGCAUUGGUGCUUCCUCGAGCUCUUUUCCACCUCGCCGUCGACGGACUUCCUCGCCCACGGCAAGCUCGUCAAUCCACCGAUGAACCUCUUCCUCUGCGACUCUGCCGCCUCUGAUCUUCACGCGGGGAACAACGGCGCCGCGGACCUCAUCGACCUGCCGCCUUUUAAUCCAGCGCCGCCCACGAGGGCCAACUGGAGCUACAAUCCGAAGGAGUCUCACAUAGAGACCAACCGGAUUAUACGCUUCAUGAAACAGCUGAUGAAGGACACCAACAUCUGCUCUGAUGAUAUUAUCUGCGCCUUUAUCUCGCGCCGGGCCAAGGACCACUUCCCCGGGAUUGAAUCUGACCGGCGAGGCCCUUGCCGGAAGCGUGGUCUAGACAAAUUCGACCCGGACCCCAUCAUCCAUUGGCAGGAUCUGAAAAUGGGCCGGACUCCAGCCUCGCGCCGCGGCAAAUCCCCGCCGGAACCAUCCGGUUCGUCUGACGACCUGACCUUGCUUGAGGUAGUUCCUCUUUUUGACCUCUCAUAUUCUUCUGUUAUUGUUCCUCUAUGCCCACCUCUUCUGGGUAAGGCCUCGUUUCUUUGCUUGUCUCGUUUUUCGCCAAGUUCUUUUUCGGUUGCUUUUUUCCAUCCCUUCCUUUUUCUCUCUUUCAGCCCUGCGCUCAAGCUUGACUCCAAGCCGGAGGGCUCUGCCGGCUCCGCGAGGACCUUAACUCCUCCUCCUCACUCAAGCCCGACACCAUCUGGUGCCGGCAACACCUCUGCCUCCCCUCCGGGAGGCACUACAAGUUCGGGGCGCGCGGCCCCUACAUCUCCUGAUCACCGCGCGGAGGAGGAUCUCACCUCCCCUCCUGAAACCCAAGACACCGGCGCCAGCAACACCGGCGCCGACGACGCAGGUGCCGGGCAGGCGGAACCUCUGGUUCCUCCUGGCCCGAAGAAGAAGAAGAAGAAACAGUCAAGCUCUUCCCCCAGCAAGACCGCGCCGGAUACUCCAGCGCCGGCCUCUUCUACACCGCACCCGGAAGCUCUUAUCCUUGAGCCUACGGGGACUACUCCAACACAGCCGCCAAGCCAAGGACCUUCCGCGGCUACGCCCAAGCCGCCGCCGGCGGCCCCCAAGAUCAGCAAGUUCCUCAAGCCGGGGGCGUCCCGUGGAAAGGCCGUGGAUGGCAGCGCAUCAAGCGGCUCGCAGUCUCUAGUGCUGCAUGUCGGGCCUGCCGUUGCUGCGGUCCCAGAAAAACCAUCCGGCCUCCUGGGCCGGAUUGUUGAGCUGAGGCGCGAGGGCAAGGACCUGGGGCAUCUUCUCCCCUAUGCCAAAAAAUGGAACGAUGCGGACAUCUCUGCAUCCACCCGCGGCUUGGGGAAGGACCGCCUUCCAGCGCCAGAUCCUGCUGGGCCCCGGUCCACUGAAGAACACUUCAUGCGGCUCAAGCGUGCCGUGAAGGAGUUUGACAGUGCGUGGUACGACGCCACCAGCAACGUGGUGGUAAGUUUCGCCAACCUUUCUUGUAAUUUUUGUUGAUGCCGGUUUCUUUCUUUCCGGAUCUUGUCUAUCAUCCCAGUCCCCGAGUUUCGUGUUGAGAGCGUAGUUCUUAGCGCGAAACUUAACUAGAAACGCGCGAAACCGGCAUAGCCAGUCCCCGAGUUUCGGGUUGAGAGCAUGGUUUCUUUCUUUCUCACAUUGUCUUCUUGAACAGAGCACCACUGAUGCCCGGAAGCAGCUCUUCGAGGAGCUCCUCUGGGAGCAUCGGGACCUUGCCGAGGCCCACAGCCACUGCCAAGCUGUUCCGGAAGCUACCAUUGAGACCCUCAAGGCCCAAAUCGCCACUCUCCAAGGUAUCAUUUUUUUUCAGUUAACUCGUUCUUUCCUCAUUUACCAACUGCCACUUUACUAACACUCUUCUUUGCGGUGUUUAGGCGAAAAUGAGCAGCUCAUCCGGCAGCAU